GAAAGCAAACCAUCCGUGAUUUUUUAUUAUUAUCACAGGCUUAAGUAAAUUCAUGCCGUUAUAGACUCUUCGGAAUAAAGAAUGAAUAAGGAAAACACAGAAAACAGAAAGAUAAGUAGAAUAUAAUCUUAUUGAGUAUUGUGUUUUGAAGAAUGGCCGUCGAAAAAUGGGCGUUUGGAAUUCAAAUCGUGUUUUUCUUACUGACUCACGCCCGCGCGAACAGGAAUGUGUAUUUGAGGCGGAAUUUUACAAUGGAAUGGAGGAAAAUUUCCGAGAUUCGAACACUUCAUCCAGUCAACGAGACAGCGUUGGAAAUUCUCGAAGCUAUGCAGGAGGAAACAUACAAGAUACAAAUGAUUGUGAACAAACGGCGAAUUGGCAUUUACCUGGACGACCAAUUGGUUUAUGAGAAAGUCGGGAUAGUCGGUUCAGCUGUAAGGACCCACUCCGGCAUGCACGUGGUGGUACUGCACCCUUCCCGCGGCCACGUGAUGCUCGCCAGGCAGUUCCUGACGCACCAGCCCGCUGAGGACAGGAACCUGGCGGCGUGCCUCGAGUCCCUCAUGCCGGGGAACAUCCUCAUUGUGGCGGCGGUGCCCGAUGCGGUCAUGUUCCUGGGCCCCGACGCCGUGGCCCGCCUGGAGGAGAUGGGCGCCUCCAGGAUCCGCUAUCUCGCCCGACACGAAGCCUGGGUCAUGGUGGCUCACACGCCCGUCCGCGCUCAAACGCCUCCACGCUACCACUAUCCUGUGCUUAAACCGAACGUAACUGUUCCAGCGAAGCCACUGGGAAGGGUGUGGGGAGAGAGCGUAUCUAUUCGAUUGCUGGAGAAGAUGGACGCUUCUGCCUUCGUCGACGUUGACGUCUUCGUCCCUAAAUUCUCAGGUAUGCGGUGGACCGGACCAUAUGAAUGGUAAUAUGGUGAAUAAAUUGAAGGUACACGUGAUACUGUAUGUACGAUUUCAGCUACGCAGUGUGACUGGCACCAGGACGAAAGCCUGAAGGAUCAGAAGGCGUUCUGUGAGCGCUA